UAAAAUCUUUCCUUUAUCAUCGCCGAUGAAAUCUCUCCCCAACUGAAAAGCACCAGAGGUACUUAGAUCGUAGCCUGAUCGUCUCAUCGUUACUCCUGCGAUUGAUCGUCCAUCAUAAACCCUCUCUUCUCAUCGAAUAGCUUCAGAAAACUCGAAAGAACAACUGCGAUGGCGGAUAUUCUCGCUGCUUUGAGAUCUUUAAUGGCUUCACAUACUCCGCCUCUCGAUGCCCUAGUUGUUCCAUCUGAAGAUUAUCAUCAGAGCGAGUACGUAUCUGCUAGAGACAAGAGGCGUGCUUUCGUUUCUGGAUUUACUGGAAGUGCUGGUUUGGCACUUGUAACAAUGAAUGAAGCACUGCUUUGGACGGAUGGACGGUACUUUCUUCAGGCAGAACAACAACUAAGUGACCAAUGGAAGCUUAUGCGUAUGGGAGAAGACCCAGCUGUAGAUUUGUGGAUAUCCAUUAAUUUACCUCAAGAUUCAGCUAUCGGUAUUGAUUUCUGGUGUAUAUCGGUAGAAACUGCACAGAAAUGGAGGUCUUUGUUUGCAAAGAAGCAACAAAAAUUAGUUCCCACAACCAGAAACUUGGUUGAUGAAGUUUGGAAGGAUCAACCAAAAGCUGAAAUCAACCCUGUUCAUGUGCAUCCUCUGAAAUUUUCUGGUCGUUCAGUUUCAGACAAGUUAAAGGAUUUAAGAGACAAUCUUAAAAAGGAAAAAGCUCGUGGAAUAAUAAUUACAACACUUGAUGAGGUUGUUUGGUUAUUUAAUAUCCGUGGAGGUGAUGUCUCUUUUUCUCCUGUUGUUCAUGCAUUUGCUGUUGUAACAACAUCAUCGGCUUUCUUGUAUGUGGAUGAACGGAAAUUGUCAUCUGAGGUAAAAUCUUAUAUGGAGGAAAAUAAAAUAACAGUAAAGGACUACAGUGCAGUGAGCUCAGAUGUGGCUCUGCUUGCAUCUAAUCAGCUGACAUCAGCAAAGGGAACACAAUCAAAUGGUGCACUUGAAGCAGCAGAUAAUAGCCAUAAGAUUUGGGUUGAUCCUCGCUGCUGCUAUUCUCUGUAUUCAAAAUUAAACCCUGACCAGGUCCUCCUACAACAGUCACCUUUGGCCCUUCCAAAAUCUUUGAAGAAUCCUGUAGAGAUGGAGGGGUUAAAGAAUGCACAUAUUCGGGAUGGUGCAGCUGUUGUGCAAUACCUUGCCUGGCUGGAUAAGCAGAUGCAGGAAAUCUAUGGGGCCUCGGGUUAUUUCAAGGAGUCAGAAAGCAUAAGUUCUAAAAAACACUCUGGAGAUGUGAAACUGACAGAAGUGGUGGUAAGUGAUAAGCUAGAGGAGUUCCGUGCUGCGAAAGAGCACUUCAGAGGGUUGAGCUUUCCUACUAUCUCGUCAGUUGGUCCAAAUGGGGCAAUUAUUCACUACGAACCAGAAGCUGAAACAUGUGCUGAACUUGAUCCAAACAGCAUGUAUCUUUGUGAUUCUGGAGCACAGUAUCUGGAUGGGACAACGGAUAUAACUCGGACUGUUCAUUUUGGAAAGCCUUCUGAACAUGAAAAAAGAUGUUAUACUGCGGUUCUCAAGGGUCACUUUGCUUUGGGUAAUGUGCAAUUUCCCAAUGGCACUACAGGUCAUGCUCUUGAUGUUCUUGCUCGAGUUCCAUUGUGGUCAUAUGGUCUUGAUUAUAGACAUGGAACUGGUCACGGGAUAGGCUCUUACUUAAAUGUUCAUGAAGGACCACAUUCCAUCAGUUUCAGACCUGGUUUGAGUGUCCCACUGCAAGCUUCAAUGACGGUAACAGAUGAACCUGGUUACUAUGAAGAUGGAAAAUUCGGUAUUAGAUUGGAGAAUGUGCUUAUAAUCAAGGAGGCAGCUACACAGUUUAACUUUGCGAAGAAAGGCUACUUGGAAUUUGAGCACAUAACAUGGGCACCGUAUCAGAAAAAGUUGAUCGAUGUGAGCCUUCUGGCAGCGGAAGAAGUCAAAUGGGUGAACAGCUAUCAUGCUAAAUGUAGAGAUAUCUUGGCACCGUACCUCAACGACUCCGAGAAGGCAUGGCUGAACCAAGCUACCGAGCCCAUCGCUGCCUAAUAUACUGUCCUUUCAUUUCUGGUAAUUUUUAUGAAAACAAACUUUAGUAAUCAGGUUACAACCUUAAUAAUAAUAAUAAUAAUUAAUAGUAUGUGGUGUGGAUAUAAUUGUAAUAAUUUGUUAGCAGGAUUCAUAAACUCCUUUCUUGUUUUUUUAC